CCUGCAAACCUCGGCUGUGUUCAGUGUCUGAUCCUCGGCUCAGUCUGAUGUUUCUGAAACUAUAACGUGUUGUUGGAGCUGAUGAGGUUUUUACUGACAAACAGGAACAUCACAGCCCCUGUCCACAGAGGAGCGAACAGCCAAUCAGAGCAGAGAGCGGCCGGUCUCCAUGGUAACCGCGGAUCGUUUGGGGAAGGGCAGCCUCGGUGUCAAACUUCAGCUGAAGAUAAAAACAUUAACGUGUUUCUGUUUGAGGAGUCGAUGGCAGGGACGUCGAGACACGAUCGAGAGAUGGCGAUGAACGCCAAGCGUCAGCUGUCAGAGUGUCAGGACCCGGUGGAGAGGCUCAGACUGCAGUGUCUGGCCCGAGGAUCGUCUGGGAUCAAAGGUCUGGGCAGAACCUUUAAAAUAAUGGACGACAACAACAACCGCUCCCUAGACUUCAAGGAGUUUCUGAAGGGUUUAAACGACUACGGGAUCCUGAUCGAGAAAGAGGAAGCCACGGCUCUGUUUCAGCACUUUGACCGUGAUGGGAAUGGGACCAUUGACUUUGAUGAGUUUCUCAUCACUCUGAGGCCUCCCAUGUCUAAGGCCAGGAAGGAGGUGGUCAUGCAGGCAUUUCGGAAGCUGGAUAAGACUGGUGACGGGGUGAUCACUGUUGAAGACCUGAGGGGAGUUUAUAAUGCCAAGUACCACCCCAAGUACCAGAAUGGAGAGUGGACAGAGGAUCAAGUCUUCAGGACAUUUCUGGACAGCUUCGACUCUCCAUACGACAAAGAUGGAAAGGUGACCAAGGAAGAGUUUAUGAAUUAUUAUGCUGGUGUGAGUGCAUCCAUCGAUACAGAUGUCUACUUUAUUGUGAUGAUGAGAAAUGCCUGGAAACUCUGAGUUAGCGUCAUUCUGGUGACCAAAGAGGAGUUCGUCAACUAUUACUGUGGAGUCAGCGCUUCUGUUGAGAGUGACGUCUACUUUAUCCUAAUGAUGAGAAACGCCUGGAAGCUCUGAAUCAACACUCACAAUCAUGACUUCUACAUGAAUGCCACAUUAACUAUGCUAAAGGAACAUAAGGAUGCAUUUAUGAUUACCAUUAUGAUGUGUUAAGUUGAUAAGAUCUGUGGCUUUAUCAGCAGCUAGUUUCUUUCCAGAUUAAUGUAGUAUCAUGUUUUGUUUUUUUUGGGUGAUUUUGAUCAUUUUUUAAAAGUACAAUGUUAUCUUAAAGUAUAAUUCAUUGCUUUGUAGAGUCAGUAAACCUGAGAAAACAGUAUAUUCAGUUCAUAUUUUUUAAUUUUAUUGUACAAUGAUAUGCAACACGGUAGGCUUUGUUUCAAUAAACACUGAUUUAACAAUGUA